UCGUGAGAGAGCAUCAUCAGCACUUAGCAGCAGCAUCUCUGUUGUUUUUCCUGCGUAGGUUUCUCCGCUGACUGCUCCUCCUGGCACACUCUCGGCCCUCUGCCACAAACCGUAUGGCAAAACCAACGUCUUCGUUAACAGAAGCUCCCUUCCCUGCUCUCUUCAUAAACCUUUACACCCUUUAGUCCUCAAAGACUCCAUUUUUUUUUUGCCACGGAACCAAGCUUUGCCAUUGUUAACCAAUGACUAAAGGUGUCAUUUUUUUCCUUUCUUUGCUUCUUUGCUUAUCAUUCUUUUCACUAGCAGAGAAGAACCAAGCUGAGAUCCAAGCAUUGACAUCUUUCAAGCUUAAUCUCCAUGACCCGCUUGGAGCUUUAAGCGGAUGGGAUCCAUCAACACCUGCAGCUCCAUGCGACUGGCGUGGAGUUGCAUGUUCCAACAACCAAGUCACCGAGCUACGUCUACCUCACCUCCAACUGAGUGGACGACUCAGUGACCGUCUCUCUGAUCUCAAAUAUCUUAACAAACUCAGCCUUCGUUCUAACUCCUUCAACGGCACCAUACCUUCCUCUCUUUCCCAAUGCAAGCUUCUACGCGCUGUUUUCUUGCAGUACAACUCACUCUCCGGGACACUACCAUCCGAGAUAAGUAAUCUCACUGAUUUAACCAUUUUAAAUUUAGCUCAAAACUAUUUAGCCGGCGAAAUCUCAGGAGAUCUCCCACAAAAUAUUAAGUAUAUUGAUCUUUCUUCAAACUCAUUUUCUGGUUCGAUUCCUAUAAGCAUUGCUAAUUUAUCACAGCUUCAACUCAUUAAUCUCUCGUAUAACCAGUUUUCUGGUGAGAUUCCUGCUAGUUUUGGUCAGCUUCAACAGCUUCAGUAUCUCUGGCUUGAUUAUAAUCUUUUGGAAGGGACUUUACCUUCAGCUUUGGCCAACUGCUCUUCACUUAUUCAUUUUAGUGCUGAGGCCAAUGCGCUUGGUGGGGUUAUCCCAUCAGCUAUUGGAGCAAUUCCUAAGCUUCAAGUUGUUUCAGUUUCUCAUAACAAUCUCUCAGGAACGGUGCCGGUUUCUUUGUUCUGUAAUGUUACUGUUUAUCCGCCUUCCAUUCGGAUUGUUCAGUUGGGGUUUAAUUUGUUUACGAAUGUUGUUGGUCCUGAAUCAGGGCAAUGUUAUAGUAUUUUACAGGUUUUGGAUAUUUCUUGGAAUCAGAUUGGUGGGGUUUUUCCUUUAUGGUUAACGCGUGUAACAACGUUGACAAUGUUGGAUGUUUCUGGGAAUUUGUUGUCAGGUGAGGUUCCAGAUCAGAUUGGGAGUUUGUCUAGAUUGGAGGAGCUGAAAAUGGCUAAUAAUUCUUUAACUGGGAUGGUUCCUUUUGAGAUUAAGCAAUGUGGCUCAUUGUAUGUUCUUGACCUUGAAGGAAAUCAUUUUUCUAGUGAAAUUCCUGGGUUUUUAGGUGGUAUGACUGGUUUGAAAGUGCUCUCUCUUGGGGGAAAUAUGUUUUCAGGUUCAGUUCCAAGGAGUCUUAGGAAUCUUACUGAGCUUGAAAUAUUGAAUUUGGGGCAUAAUAGCUUGAGUGGAAGGUUGCCGGAGGAGAUAAUGGAAUUGACCAAUUUGACUACGUUGGACUUAAGUGGGAACGACUUUUCUGGUGAGAUUCCAGCAAGUAUUGGGAACUUGAGUCAGGUUGUUGUUCUGAAUCUAAGUGGUAAUGGGUUUUCAGGGAAGAUGCCGGCAAGUUUGGGCAAUUUGUUCAAGCUAACUACUCUUGAUUUAAGCAACCAGAACCUCUCUGGUGAGUUGCCCUUUGAGCUCUCAGGUUUACCUAAUCUGCAAGUCAUUGCUUUGCAAGAAAAUAUGUUAUCUGGGGAAGUUCCUGAAGGGUUUAGUAGUUUGAUGAGUUUGCGUUAUGUGAAUCUUAGCUCCAAUUCAUUUUCUGGUUAUAUACCAGAAACUUUUGGCUUUCUUCAUUCACUAGUUGUUCUUUCAUUGUCUAAUAAUCACAUAACUGGGGUGAUCCCACCAGUGCUUGGAAACUGUACUGAGCUUGAAGUUCUCGAGCUUGCAUCAAAUUCUUUGACAGGUCACAUUCCUGCUGAUCUCUCUCGCCUUUCAAAAUUAAAUGUGCUUGAUUUGGGUGGUAACAACUUAACAGGAGAAAUCCCGGAGGAAAUAUCCAAAUGCUUGUCUGUUACCACUUUGUCACUAAAUGCUAAUCAUCUUUCUGGAAGCAUACCAGAUUCUUUGUCCAAGUUAUCAAAUCUCACAAUGCUGGAUCUUUCUUCAAAUAAUAUUAGGGGAGAGAUUCCUUCUAAUCUCGGUCUUGUUUCUGGAUUGGUCUACUUUAAUGUCUCAAGGAAUGACUUAGCAGGGAAGAUUCCAGUUACACUGGGUUCUAGAUUUAACAAUCCAUUAGCAUUUGCGGGAAAUCAAGACUUAUGUGGAAAGCCAUUGCAUCGAAAAUGUGAUGAUGUAGCUGACAAGAACAGGAGGAAACGGUUGAUUCUUUUGAUUGUUGUGGUAGCGUGUGCUGCUUGUCUCUUGUCAUUAUGUUGUUGCUUCUAUAUCUUCAGCCUAUUAAGAUGGCGCAAGAAGCUCAAAGAAGCCGCUGGAGAGAAGAAACGGAGCCCUGCAAGGGCUAGUUCUGGAGCAAGUGGAGGCCGUGGUAGCACAGACAAUGGAGGGCCAAAGCUUGUUAUGUUCAAUAACAAGAUCACUCUAGCAGAAACAAUUGAAGCAACUAGGCAAUUUGCUGAAGAGAAUGUGCUUAGCAGAACCCGAUAUGGGUUAGUUUUCAAGGCUUGUUACAAUGAUGGAAUGGUGCUCGCUAUUCACCGCCUACCAGAUGGAUCACUUGAUGAAAACAUGUUUAGGAAAGAAGCUGAAUUUUUAGGCAGAGUGAAGCACAGGAACUUAACAGUUCUCCAUGGCUACUAUGCGGGACCACCUGACAUAAGGCUCCUUGUAUAUGAUUACAUGCCCAAUGGCAACCUUGCAACACUCCUCCAAGAGGCAUCCCACCAAGAUGGUCAUGUCCUCAAUUGGCCAAUGCGCCACCUGAUUGCUCUUGGCAUUGCCCGUGGUUUAGCCUUUCUACAUACAUCCAACAUGGUUCAUGGAGAUGUCAAGCCCCAAAACGUUCUAUUCGAUGCUGAUUUUGAAGCACAUUUGUCAGAUUUUGGCUUGGAUCGUCUCACAGUUGCAACUCCAGCAGAAGCUUCCACGUCAACUUCAGUUGGCACAUUGGGUUAUGUAUCCCCAGAAGCAGUUCUAACCGGGGAAACGACCAAAGAGUCAGAUGUCUAUAGCUUUGGCAUUGUCCUGCUUGAAUUACUCACAGGAAAGAGACCAGUUAUGUUCACACAGGAUGAAGACAUUGUGAAAUGGGUCAAGAAGCAGCUUCAAAGAGGCCAAAUCACUGAACUUCUAGAACCAGGACUACUUGAGCUUGACCCCGAAUCAUCAGAAUGGGAAGAAUUUCUCCUAGGAAUCAAAGUUGGGUUGCUUUGCACAGCUCCAGAUCCUCUUGAUCGACCAACCAUGUCCGAUAUCGUGUUCAUGCUUGAAGGUUGUCGUGUGGGCCCUGAUUUUCCCUCAUCAGCCGAUCCAACUUCUCAACCUUCACCAGCGUAAACAACCAGAAAUCCGAAGCCCUUUUUUGUUUUUCGUUUUUUUUACUUUUCCUGUCUCAUGAAAACUUUUAACCAUUUUUUUAGUUUCAUAGAGAAAAUGUAACACUAGGGUGAAAAUUGUUUGUUCAGGUAAUUCUUGUUCCAUUUGCUUUCUCGUUUGUUACUUUUCUUUUUACAACUCUGCCACUGUUCCUUUCCAAUUGAUGCCAGCCUGUGGGAAAGUGGGGGAUCUAUGACAGAGUGAAGUAAAAAAAGGUCAACACGUCUCCCAGUCAACGAAACAGACAAAAGCUCAGUUGAACUGAAGAUGCCCGAAAGCGGACAACAACCAUUGGGGGCCCACAGUUGAUUUCGCGCCAAACGCGACAGGAUUGGUGUGCCGUGGAUUCGUCACGUGCCACAAUAAAAAUAUAGCCGUUAAAUUGUAGAAACCGAGAUGUUCUUAAAAGAAAAAAAGGUGAUUUUUUUAUAUUAUUUUUUCCUGUAAGGAGUGGGACGGCCGAAAGGGCCUUUGGAUUUGGUUUGUUGCCUAGUCGAGUACAGCUUAGAUCGGUGGUUUCGGACUCGCGUGAUUCCACGUGGGGAUCUUUUGUUGCCCUGGAAUUUUUCAUUGUUCAUUGUUCUAGUCCUGGCGAUGGAUAAAAAAGCUGAAGAAGAGGGAGGCAGGAGAAGAAGACAAAGCACCCAAAAUUUCAAGGUCCCACUGGAACAAAAGGGGAUGGGAAAGUGACAGGGGGAAAUAAAACGAUGGCUCACUGCCCUCAAUUACUUGUUGAACCUUUUUGGUGGGUCAUCAACUUUAUUGAAUGAAGAUUUGUCAAUUUUUUAAGCCGUAGUUUGAUUGUAACAGAUGCAAUACCAAAUCAACUACCUGUUUUAAUUUAAGUUUUCCAGGAGUCACUGCAGUUCUGUUUUGGCUUUUCCCCUUGUGUAUGAGAUGGGCAAAUACAACCUCCUGACUCUGAAUUUGUAAGAAACAAGCAGGAAAUAUGGGG